UUGAUCAGAUUAAUUCUGUGAAGAUGAUCCUUUCACAUGAUUUUAUUAGCAUAAAAGAAAUAUAGAGCUCUUUUUUAUUACCACAUGGCAUUUGCUUUUAUUACCACAUGGCAUUUGCUUUUAUUACCACAUGGCAUUUUGCUUUUUUAUUUUGAAUGAUAAGCCCAAAAUGCUUUGUAAAAGUUUCUUCCAAAGGCUCCAAAAUGGGUUUAAUGAAUUUGGUGACGAUGGUAUAUUUAAGGUGUUUGAUUAUUUAUUCAGGCUUUGAGCGUGCCGAUAGAAGUAGAGGUUCAACUUCAAGUGUUGGAAUGGGGGAAAUUUCAGCACCCCUUGUGGUUGUUCUGCUAUUUUGCUGCCUAAUNUCUGUCUCACAAGCGGAAUACUUGAAGUACAAAGACCCAACGCAGUCACUGAAUGUUAGAAUCAAGGACUUACUGCAGCGGAUGACCCUGGAGGAGAAGAUAGGUCAAAUGGUGAUUGAACGAAGUAUUGCCACUCCUGAAGUGAUGAAGAAGUACUUCAUUGGGAGUGUGCUGAGUGGGGGAGGCAGUGUUCCAAAAAUAAANGCAUCUGCUGAGACUUGGAUCCAAAUUGUUAAUGGGAUUCAGAAUGGAUCUUUGUCUACACGCCUUGGGAUUCCUAUGAUUUAUGGCAUAGAUGCAGUUCAUGGCCACAAUAAUGUCUACAAGGCCACCAUCUUUCCUCACAAUGUUGGGCUAGGAGUUACAAGGCAAGUAUGCAUAUACUUAAUGAAUAAUAAUGAUUUACUUGCAGUAGUAAAAACGUGA